CAGACCAAAAAAACCAAUAAAUUGUUUAAAGGACACACAGGUCCCGUCACAUCCCUGGCUCUGUCUGAUAACGGCAGCGUUCUCUGGACUGGUUCUUGGGACAAAACAAUCAAAAAGUGGGAUACAAAUACGGGUGAAUGUCUGUUGACGCUCGGAGGACACACUGAUUUUGUAAAGACCAUCCUGCUGGUGGGAGAUAAACUGUAUUCGGGUUCAUCCGAUAAUCAUAUAUUCCAAUGGGAUAUUUCUGUCGAGAAGCCUAUUUGUACAAAUGUUUUCAAAGGCCAUUCACGCCCCGUCGAGAGUCUCACACUAUCCUCUGACGGCUGUUUCCUAUUCUCUGCCUCAACUGACCUGACUAUUAAAAAGUGGGAUAUUGAGAAGAAGUCUUGUGUCCAUACAUUUUUAGGGCAUGAGACAAGUAUUUACUGCGUCAAGGCGGGAGAUGACGAGAUAUGGACAGCUUCUGCUGACAAGAGUGUAAGACGCUGGAACACUGAGACAGGUGCGGUAGAUACAAUCCUUACACACCCUGAUCGCGUUAAAUCACUUGUACUCGCGGGCCCCUACAUUAUCACUGGUGCAAGUGACGACUUAAUUCGUGUCUGGGAUGUUGCAUCUGGUAAAUUAGAAUCCACAAUCGAUGGCCAUUUCGAUGAAGUGUCAGCAUUGGCUGCUGUUGGAUCAACCCUCUACAGUGUAUCCCUCGAUUGCUCAUUACGCCGUUGGUCUAUU